AUGGUAGGAAGCGUGACCGCAAGUUUUUCUGACUUGGUAGUCGUGGGUAUCAAAGUGGAACCUGGCUUAAAAAAUGGCAAGAUGAUUAAUGUAGUUAGUAAUUCCAAUAACAACAACAACAAUACCAAGAAAUUCUCUAGCAGUUUCCAUAAAGAAAAGGAAGGAGAAGCAAAUGCAUUGAUGGGUAGUAGAAGAAAGAAUCAGUCUUGGAAAAAGCAACAAUCUUAUGCUCAACAACAGUAUGUUCAACAACCACAGUUUGCUCAACAACCGUAUGUAGCAGCUAUUACACUAACUUUCAAUCAACAAGUCCCAGUAUAUCAAUCAACUCAAGCAGUUCCGAUCUUUCAAACAGUGCCCAAUGCUCCAACUUAUCAACAAGCACCCAAAGCUCUAACUUAUCAACAAAGGAUUCCAGCUCCGCGCCAAAAUUCUCCAUUUAAAAAUAGAAGACAAGGUGGAAAACCUCUUAUUCCUCAGAUUCCUAUGUCUUACACUGAAUUAUAUAUGUCAUUGUUGAAGAAAGGGUUAGAUGUUCCAAGACCUUUGGGACCUCCACCAGAACCUCUCCCAUUUUAUUAUAAUCCCAAUGCACAUUAUCCAUUCUAUGAAGGUGCCCUAGGGCAUGAUUUGGAAGGCUGUUAUGCCUUAAAGCAUAUUGUGAGGGAAUUGAUUGAGAAAAAGAUUCUUUCAUUUGGGGAUACCGUUCCAGAUGUCAAAAAUAAUCCUUUGCCCGCUCAUGCCAAAAUCAAGACUCCACUAAGAGAUUUUCAUGCAAAGUUAGUGAAGGCAGAUUUGUUGAAGAAUUUCCAUAAGAUUUGUGAAGAAUUUGAACCAAUCUUUAGUAUGCCUAAGCCAGUGGUUGUCCAAAGGCCUGGUCCUUUUCCUUUUGAGAAUACUAAAGAAGUUCCUUGGAAGUAUGAUAAGACUGUGUUUAACCAAAGGUCUGAGAAAGUAGGUCAGAAAGAAGGUCUAAAGAUUGUAAGCACCGAUAUAGCAGGGGGAGGCAAAAUGACCCGCAGUGGUCACAUUUAUACCCCUCGGUUCAACUUGGCUCCGCCAAUUCCACCUAAAGAAACCUCCACCACUAUUACCGACAAAGGAAAAUGGGUGAUCCUAACUAAUAAAGACACUGAAUUUCUGAGGAUUAUCAAGAAGAGUGAUUACAAGAUUAUUGAUCAGCUGCAUCAAACUCCUUCAAAGAUAUCCAUUUUGUCUCUUCUCAUGAGUUCUCCAGCUCAUAGGAGUGCCUUGCAGAAAUUUUUAGCUUAG